GAUAUUUGUACGGUCGAAGUCAGCUUGAAAAGCAAUUCCGAAUAUGAAUUAUCCCGCAAGUUCAUUAAAGAUCAUUUGAUGCUAGAUGAUUCCAUCUUUAGUCAUAUGGAUAAUUAUUAUUAUUUAGAAAAUUACUGUCAUAUUGAAAGGCAUGGUGAACAUCGAUAUUUGCGACCAUCAAAAUGCUCCAAAUUUGUUCUAGCGCAAGGAAAACAUCUAUUUUACAAUUACCAAUGGAAUUACAGUUACCAUGGAACUUUCACGGAGAACGUCAAGAUCAUUAAGUUUGGUUUAAAGAAGCCUGCGGGCAAUGAUAUAGUUAAAUCGAAACAUGGAACGGUAUAUGGCGAGGGGAUUUAUACCUCCAAAAUUCUCAACAAUAUGCGCCAACCGUAA